ACGCGGAAGUAAUUCAGCCAAGAUGGCUGCGUCCUUGACAGGCAUGUUUUGGUUGUAGUGGAGUGUCAGAGAUGCACAGCGGUGGGAAAUUUACAGGCUACGCGACCGUUAAGGACAUAUUGAAAGCAGAAUAUGGAGAGACGAGAGUUCGUCGCGUCCCUGGUGGCGGGAGGCUGUGCAGGGAUGUGUGUGGAUCUGACCCUGUUCCCCCUGGACACCAUUAAGACCAGACUACAGAGUCAGCAGGGCUUCUACAAGGCUGGGGGCUUUCGAGGCAUCUACGCCGGGGUCCCAUCUGCUGCUGUCGGCUCCUUCCCCAACGCCGCUGCUUUCUUUGUCACCUACGAUUGCACAAAGUCCCUUCUCGGCGCUCGCGGGCCCCUCGCGCAGCCACACAUGGCACCUGUCACUCACAUGCUGGCCGCCUCGCUGGGAGAAAUCGUGGCCUGUCUGAUCCGGGUGCCCACAGAGGUGGUCAAACAGAGGACACAAGCUUCUCCAUCCUCCACGACGUACAACAUGCUGCUGGCUACGCUCAGGCAAGAGGGUGUUCGAGGCUUGUACAGAGGAUACGGCAGUACAGUUCUCAGAGAGAUCCCGUUCUCUCUGGUGCAGUUUCCACUCUGGGAGUAUUUGAAGACGCUGUGGUCACGGAGGCAAGGUCACACGCUCUACUCUUGGCAGGCGGCGGUGUGCGGAGCUUUUGCAGGUGCGGUGGCGGCGUUCGUCACCACUCCGCUUGACGUGGCGAAGACCAGGAUUAUGCUUGCAAAGGCUGGGUCGACCACAGCGAGCGGCAACAUCCCUCUGGUGCUCUACGACGUGUGGAGGAGUCGAGGCCUUACAGGCCUGUUCGCUGGCAGCAUACCCAGGGUGACCUUCAUCAGCGUGGGUGGCUUCAUCUUCCUGGGAGCCUACGAGAAGGUCCGCCGCACUCUGCUGUAGCGCCCGGUCCGUCCUGCUAGACUUUUCCUGAGCCUCCACCCUCUGGAGGACCAGCAGGGAAAGCGUCUCUGGGAGCAGCUACCUCAUCGGCCCCAGGAGGGGCCCCUGCGCCUCCGUGCCGCCGGGCCCAGAGAAACAAGGAAACAAGUAGCGCUGGGUGCUGGAAGAGUUUUCCUCCACAGCGGGAGCCGGGGUGCUGCAUUCCUGCUCGUUAGUGCUCCGCGGGUUGAGCUGAGCUCCGUCACACUUGACUGGCACUGCCCGGCAUCUUUACUGUUUAUGCGUGAGUGAAAGAGUUGCCGUAUUAAAGACUGUCUCUUUGUAAGCUCGGAGUGAGGAUUCGUGAUUCCCUUGGGCUCCCUCUGACUUCCAGCGCUGCAUGGUUUAAUGAUCUUUUUAGUGUUUUGUCCAUACUUUCUGCUCUGUAAUCCGCGCCACCUGUGUUAAAGACCGACCGGGGAGGCACAGCACACAUAUCUGGCCAUUGUUAAUUCCCGCCGGAGCACAGCUGAUCUCAUCCACCUGCUGGAGCCUGAAUUCUUUUCUUGAGAUGCCUCCAACAAUAGAACAGUUUGUUAAAUUGGCACUUCAGGCUUUAGCUUCGUGAUGAGGCUCAGGUGUUCUAUGAAAGGUUUUUUUUCUUCUUUUUGUAUUAUACAUCAGUGUGGAAGAGGAUUCGGGGCACUGGAAAAAGAAACAGUUGUAGUUAGAGCGAAUGAAUUAUUAAUAGUUUUUUUUUUUUUAGUUCUGACUUUAAUCUUAAAAAACAAAACCUCAAACUCGCUCUAACUCCAUUUGUUUUGGCCCUAAUCCUCUUCCAUAACUUAUACCUGUCAUUGCUUUAAGAUUUUAUUAUGAGGCAACUGGAUUUCUAACUAUAUUAAACAGUUACCUGAA